UCGACAUUAAAUUAAAUUAUUUAAUUAUGGACACGGAUAAAAGAGUAUUGAACAUGUGUCCAAGAGUAUCUGAGGAGUAUCGGUCUGACAUGCGUCGGAGACGGAUGCUUAUCCUUCUUGAGAGUAUCCAAGCUUCAUCAACUAAUAUUUCUGGCCGAAUCAUUUGAAUUUAGAUAUAAAAAAACUCUUCUUCAAAGGAUUUUUACUGUCUCCUUUUUACCAAGAACUUUAAACUUUUAUGGAAAGAGACUGCUUUUUUUAGUGGCAGCAUGAUUAAUUUCGGAAUGAUUAAAGAGUUAUUUCUUUUGGGAAUGGCUAGCUUUGAUGCUUGUCCUCAGCAACCCAUUUUUCCUGCUGUGUUUGGGCUGGUAGAUUUCUUGGUCGGUUGCCUUCAAGUGGAUCAGCUAGAAAUAAGAUUUGGGUUUGAUCUCCCUCUUGUGGUGGGUUUGCUCUUUAUAGUCAAAUUAGUUAUCUCUUCAAAUUGCAAAUAAUUGCAAAUAAUAGUGUGUGCUUGUUGGUUGAAAAGUGUUUUUCUUUUCUUAUUUGACAUGAUAAGUUGUUUAUGUUAGGUGCAUUAGUUCCCCCCCACUUUCCUGAUCACAUAGUGCACAUCUUCUGCAGCCAUGCUAGUAUAUCACUUUAAUCCACUCCCCUUGUUGACGACUUGAGUCUUCUCUCUUUAACUGCACAACAGGUUCAUCAAAUUGCACGAAACUUCCGAGAUAGGUGGAUCCCUCGACAUCUCCGAAAAAAUAACUGCAAAGAGAGGGAUGAUGGAAGGAUGGAAUUUCACCGUGAUUCAAACUGCAAUAGAGUGUUGGCAUCACACCAUCUGUGCUGUGACCACGGUGGAAGACCUACAGAAGCAAUAGAUUGCGUGAACCAAUCAUUUCACGCAGCAACUGCAGCUGAUGGGGACUGCUCUGUAUCGUGCAGUAGUGGCUGCGUAACCAAUGGGACAAAGAUACGCAAGCGUAAAAGCCGAUGGGAUCAGCCAGUAGAGGCCAACCCAAAUUCAAGAUCUCAACACAAGGAACCAAGGAUUCUUCAAAUGGAAACUAAUAUCACAAAUAAUGCAAGGCAGAACAUUGAUGAGGAUGUUCCUCCUGGAUUUUCUCCUCCUCUUAAUGGCCGGUUGGUUCCAGCUAACACUGCUUCAUCUACUCUUGGUUACUACAAAGAAAAAGUGAAGGGUGGCCCAUGUGAAGUGGUGACUGGGUAUCUGCAAGAGAGAUUCAUUUCACACUUGUCUGUCUCAUAUGGAAUUCCGUUGCUCCUUGUGCAGCAAUUUGGGACACCUCAAGCAGAACCUGCUGAGGGGUGGGUUGUUGCUCCUGGCAUGCCUUUCCAUCCUUUCCCACCAUUGCCUCCAUAUCCCCGUGACAAGAGAGAUCCUUUUCCUUGUGCUGCUAACCCUGUGACAAUGAGUCAACCUGCAGAAAAAACUAGACCAGGCUGCCAUAGUCCUGUUGUUUCUCACUCGGAUCAGAAUGCUCCAAGCACAUCUGGUGUGGGCCCUCCUCAUGCUGAAAUUCCUACUGCGAACUGCCAAAACAAUUUUCAACAAGUAAGGGGCUCCUGUUAUAGUUUGGGAAGGAAAUACUUUAGGCAGCAGAAGUGGAAUAACUCAAAACCGGCACCCCCUUGGAUCCGGAAUAGAAAUGGGUGGGGGUUUGUGGGAAACAACCCAAGAAAUGGAACAGGUGUAGGGAAUACUGCAAAUGAAUUCAAAGGGCCUUAUUGUUUAGAGGAGUCAAGCACUGGACUGAAGAAUGCCGGGAAUGAAUUUUAUCAGCAUUAACAGCAUCAAAAUUGGCACUCGUUAUAGGAAAAACUGAGGAGCUUGCAAAUUUUCUUCCAUGCCCCUUCCCAUGUAUUCACAAUUCUUUGUUACCUAGAUUUUGCUCAAAAUGGAAUUUUUUCUGGAAGUCCUAUCUAUUUAAAGUCAGGACCAAAUCAUUCCAGUUCAGCGAUAUGCUUCCUGGGAUACGGGACAAUUCACACCUCUAAGAGGUAAACAUUCUUCAUUGUAUUACAUUAGUGUAUUGAAUUGAAAUGAAAGAAACUUGUUCAAUAAAAGAUUGACCAAUGUCUCUUG